UCAUAAGCUACCCAUUUGAACUCAGACUCUGAACAUCACAUCUGGAUCCAUUUCCAUGGCGAACGCCUGGAAAAGAGACAAGAACCAGAAGCUUUUAUCACCAAAGACACUAAUCUCAGUUCUUGUCCUCUCCAUUAUCUUCCUCUCUUCUCUCUUCUUCUUCUUCUCUAGCUCCUCUCUCCAAUACUCUAAUACCAAUCUCUCAAUCAAUUCACCAUUUCCAAUCCCUCCCUUUGAUUGCUUCAAAUGUCCCCAAUCAAAACCAAUAAUCGCAAACGUCGUCGAGAAUCUCAAGUACCCUUUUGUUUACUCUCUCGCUGAUCUCGGUAAUCUCCCGGAGAAACCACACAAGAACAUUGUCAGGCUGCUUAAAGGAAAGCCCUUUAGGAAACCAGAUAUCUCCGCCACGAUUCAGGAGGUUUUGGAGAGUAUGAGAGCUAGUGGUAAAAAUGGGAUUGUUGUUGAUGUUGGAGCUAAUGUUGGUAUGGCUAGCUUUGCUGCUGCGGUUAUGGGGUUUAAAGUUCUUGCCUUUGAGCCUGUUUUUGAGAAUUUACAGAGGAUUUGUGAUGGGAUUUGGUUCAAUAGAGUUGCUGCUUUGGUUACUGUGUUUCAAGCUGCUGUUUCUGACAGAACAGGGGACAUUACAUUUCAUAAGUUGGUUGGACGGCUUGACAAUAGCGCGGUUUCGGAGGUGGGAGCAAGACUUGCAUUCAAGUCAAACAAAGAAAUAGCAGUCCAAGUGAAAUCCAUACCUCUUGACAAACUAAUCCCACCUUCUCAACCUGUUCUUCUUAUCAAGAUCGACGUUCAAGGUUGGGAAUACCACGUUUUAAAGGGUGCAAAGAAGUUACUUUCAAGGAAACCGGCAGAAGCUCCUUAUCUAAUCUAUGAGGAAGAUGAGAGAUUACUCAAGGCAAGUAAUAGUAGCUCCAAAGAGAUACGUGAUUUUCUGAAAAGUGUUGGAUAUAGCAAGUGUAGCCAGCAUGGCACAGAUGCACAUUGCACCAAGGAGUGAAAGUCAUCGGACUUGCCGGAAAAUGGUAAUAAGAUGCCCAUACAAGUUGAGGAAUAUAAGGAAGAUGAGCAAUAGGUGUUUGCAGAGAAAAACAUUUAGUUUAUAAGUUGCCAAAUUUGGUCAGUCAUGUUUGUUUCUCCUUGUAAUAUGUACUCAAUUUUUUGGUAUAUUUCUGUGAUGCAUAUCAAUGAUCAGUUCUAACUAGUAAACAUAUGUUGCUGAU